UGUGGUGCGAAGUUGGAGUCGGUGCACGGGCACGAUAACUCCAACACGUCAAGUUGACAGAUCGAGCCGCCCUAGCGCACAGAGCGUUGUGGCUUGACAUCGUCUCUCCAACAAUGCGGUCUUGGUACGCAAUGCACUCCAAGAUGUCCUGGCUCCUCCUGGCGCUGUGUUUCUGGACAGCCGCCGCCAGCAGUCAAUCGCCGCCCAAAACGCCCGAAGCCCGCGGCUACUCCAUCGGCGAGCUGAUCCCCGUCACCUGUCUAAACCGCACGAUCGACACCGGCGAGCACAUCACCGACCCCAACGGCCAACUCCAAUACAUCCCCUUCCCCACCUGCGCCGAGACCGCCCGCCCCCUCGAACUCGCCUUCGGCGUCGAGCGCGAGAUAAACUGCACCAUUGCCUUUGUCUCGGAUGCGCUGUACCACUUGCUGGAGUUCUAUAUCCACUCCGAUGCGCCGCUGACGUGUCGCGUGCCGUCCCGCCCGCUGGGGAGUACCGCGCUCGCGGCGUUCGGGGUUGAAGAUGCAGAGGCCCAGGAGGGCGCGCUCGGGAGUCGGAGUACGGCGUAUACGCCCCUUGUGGUUGGGUUGGCGGGCGCGCUGCAGUUGAGCCAUUUACACGUCGGGCACUCCCUCAAUCUCCUCCUCCACGGCGUCGGCGGGGGUGUCGAGGCGGCGACCGCGUACAGCGUCGCCCCGCACACCCGCAAUACAAAGCUCGCGAUCGGCGACGCGCUGACCCUGUCAUUCAGUGUGCGGUGGUACAAGACCACCCAGCUCCCCGCGGGCUGGGAGGGGUACGGCGGGCAUGUGUAUGUGAGCACGCUGGUGUACUGCGCAUUGAGUGCGCUGGCGGGCGCGGCGGUUGCGGGGGUGUGGUUCAGGGGCGUCGAGUUGCCGCGCAGGGUUAGGGGGUUUGCGAGGGAGAGGAUUGGCGGCGGGGGUGGGGGGUUUGGGAUGGGUGGGAUGCGUGGCGGAGGAGGGGGGGGGUAUGGACUGCCUGUUGCUAAUGGCGGGGGGAAUGGGGGGUAUGGGUAUGGGGUUGGGGGUUAUGGGGUUGGAGGGGGGUAUGGAGGGGGGGUGGGGAAGAAGGAUUAG